AAUCUGAGAGAGAAAAGCAAACUGCAUUUCCUAGUUUCCACAUAAAAACAGAACAGGUUUGUUGUGUAUAAAUAUAAGGUAACUCUGCUAAGAUGCAAUUUGCAAAGCUUGAAUCUUCAACCUGGAAGCUUAGUGGUCUUGAUUAGCUGUUAUACGCAGUAUCAGAUCAACAAUGACAACUUCUUCCUUUUUCUUGGCUUUGCUCUUGCUGUCUCUUGCUUUUUCAGAUUUAUUUGUGCAAAUCCGGGGCUUUAAUUUUGGAAUCAACUACGGGCAAGUCGGGGACAAUCUUCCAUCUCCCUCUGAUGUGGUCGUUCUGAUAAAAUCUUUGAAAGUUUCUAAAAUCAAGCUCUAUGAUUCUAAUCCGGAUAUUCUAUCUGCAUUCGCCAAUUCAGGUGUGGAAUUCAUAGUAGGAACGAAGAACGAGGAUCUUCCUAGUUUGAGAGAUCCUUCUAAUGCUCAGAGGUGGAUUCAGCAGCAUGUUCAACCUUAUAUUUCACAAACUAAAAUCACUUGCAUAGCUGUCGGAAACGAGGUGUUCGACUACAAUAACCCUCAGCUCACAACAAGUCUUCUUCCUGCAAUGCAAAGUAUGUAUAAUGCUCUGGUUAGCCUUGGACUUGCACAGAAGGUUACUGUUACUUCUGCUCAUUCUUAUAAUGUUAUAGCCUCUUCAUUCCCUCCUUCAUCUGGGGCGUUCAAGCAAGAUCUGAUACAGUAUAUUCAACCCAUUCUUAACUUUCAUGCUCAGAUCAAAUCACCCUUCCUUAUUAAUGCUUAUCCCUUUUUUGCAUAUAAGGGAAACCCAAAUCAGAUUUCUUUGAACUAUGUGUUGUUUCAGCCUAAUUCUGGGUCUAUUGAUCCAGUUACCAAUUUGCAUUAUGAUAACAUGUUGUUUGCUCAAAUUGAUGCUGUCUAUGCUGCCAUUAAGAGACUGGGCCAUACUGAUAUUGAAGUAAAGAUUUCAGAGACUGGUUGGCCUUCUAAAGGUGGCCCUGAUGAAUUUGGAGCCACACCACAGAAUGCAGAAAUAUAUAAUAGCAAUCUGUUGAAGAAGAUAGAGCAGAAACAGGGCACUCCUGCAAGGCCAUCUGUCCCUGUUGAUGUUUUUGUUUUUGCACUUUUCAAUGAGAAUUUGAAACCUGGUCCUUUAUCGGAGAGAAACUUUGGUCUCUAUUAUCCUGAUGGAAACCCAGUUUAUAACAUUGGAUUAGAAGGUUAUCUCCCAGAAAUGACUGGGGAGUUUGAGUCCAAAUCUAACGUGCUGUCCAUCAAUUUUGUCUGCAUAUUUGCAUUUUUGUUGUUCACUUGGGAGCUUUCAAGACAUUGAUAAGGAAUAUAACAAAACAAAUAACUUUGUAGAAUUCAUUCUUUUGUUAGAGGUGAGGAAAAUUUUAAUAUUGUCCAUAUAAUUUUUUAUUCACAAGUGUUGAUAUCUAUUUUCUCUUUACAUUACAAUUUCUGUAACUGUUGGAAACUGGUUACCGUAAAUGAUGAAACUAAAGUUAGUUUGGUGUAGUUGUCUUUUUAAUCCUUUGGUUGGAAGAAAAGUAAUUCAGCUGGUGAAGCUCUAAUGAUUAAUGUUUAUAUUAUGAUAGGAAAUUAGUAAUGAUGAGGGGCAUAACUAGAUGUGAAGUCUGGAAAAAAGAAUUCAAAAGUGUAUUUGAUUCCAUGAAGUUAUUCUUUGACUUUUUGACAGUACUAUGCUAAAUAAGUAAUCGAAGCAGAAGCACAGGGUGUAAAAGAUUGUGGCUAAAUGGUAUCUCUUUAUGCAGAAGCUGUCAAAUGCUGUCCAAUUAGUGCUAGUGCAUGCACCAUGUGGACUAUGGUGACCCUGUAACGACCCCCAGAAAACCUUAUUUUCUUCACCGUCUCCAUUAAAAAAAUGGUGAUGGGUCUCCACCUUCCUUAUCUGCCACUUGCAAUCAUGCAUGUGAAUCUUCUGGUGAAUGAAAUUCUCCUUGUCUUCAGCUAUACAAAAGUCCAAUUUCUGUUUUAUCAAACGUGAAAGAAAGCCCUCAGGUUCCCUCUUGACAGAUAACCCAACCCUGUGAAUUUUGUCCUUCUUUCUCAACCUUAUCUCAUAUGUGCCUUCUCUUUCCGCCAUAUAACCCUCUCUACCAUCCUUUCUUUCAAUCAUUCACCUUAAUUUUUAUCUACUAUCAAAGUAAAAAAACACUGUCCAUAAAUUAAUUUUGGUUGUGGAAUUGUAAUAUCUGUUAUCAACAAGCGGCUGCUGUUGAACUGUUUGAGAUAUUCUUUUGUUCUAUCUUUGUCAGUGAAUUAUAUAGCUUGUGCUCAUAGAAUUUGUUUAGCUGACAAUUCCUUUGUGUGAACUGUUCCAAAGUCAAAUGAGGUGUUCUGUUACAUUACAUGGUAUGUUGCGUAUGUUUUCCAAAAGUAUUAAAAAAUAAAUUUAAAUUUAACUUAAUUUCACAAAAUUAACAAGAAAGAGAUUUACGGGAACACAAACACAGAUAAAAUAAGCACGAUCAUAUAAAAAAUUAACACUACUUUCUAUCCAAAAUCUUAACCUAAUAGAUUAAUAGGUCUUUUACUUUGUUCUAUUUGAUCGUUUUUAUCCAAAGUUAGGAGUUAAAUAUAGGAUUUUAGAUAUUAUUAAAAAUAUCUUUUUUCUAUUUGCAACUGUAACGGUGCCUCUUUGUUGGACUAGAAUGAAUUUAUGUUGAAAAUUCAACAAUAAAGUCAUAAAAAUUGGUCUGGAGGUGGCUGUUGGUGAUGGCCCAAUAGUGCUGAAAUAGGGUUCUUACAUCAGCAUGGUUCAAUUGGGAUGAGUUUCACAGAGCGAAUUUGGAUAGGAAAUUGAUGGAAUUAGAAACAGAAUUUAAUACAACUUCAGACAGCUUGGGACAUUUAAUAAGAAACAUAAUGAUAAUGUGUGCGACAUUUAAUAGGUAUAUCCAUCAGCCUGUGCUAUAAAAAUCUGAUAAAAAAUUCUACACUAUUGUAUCAUGAAAAAACUAAAAAACACUACUGUCUUUUAUGGAAUGGUUGAUUCAUAUUGUUGAAUUAAUAUUUGUACAUGUUUUUUGCAGGGGACAGAUUCAAGGCAAACCCUAAGUUUUUUGUACACAGCAAUGGGACCAAUUAUACCUUUUUCUAAUUUUUUUUAGCUUAAUCCAUUCAUAUGUUUUUUUUUUCUUUUACAGUAAGCAACAGUCAAAGGUAUAGGCCAGAAUUAGAUUCAUGGAAUACAGUGAUUUUUUUGACAGAAAGUUGAUACAGAAUAAAAUAUCUUGGUUUUUUGACGGAAUAAA